AUGAACCAGAGUAACAUGGACCAAGAGGAGCAGGCCCCCAAGGCAGAUGUGAAGGCCAUAAUGGCCAAAUUCAACAAUGCUAAUGAAGGUGUUCCUGCCAGUCAGCUCAAACUCACCCCAACUCCUUUUCCAGGGGUUGCUUCAGGUCAAGUGAAGAAAGUUGUUUCUCCAUUUCAGAAGACUGACUUCAAUCAAGGAAACACAACUCUGAACACACAGCCAAAGCCGGUGUUUGUAAAGCCGCAAGGAUCUUUGAGGCUGCAUCAGGAAGGUAAUAAUGACAAGGAUCCACCUUUUCCUAAACUGAAAGCGACCCAGAUGAAAUCUUUAGGCCAAUCAGACGAAACCAAGCCUCUAUUUCCUAAACAACCAAUAAAUAUUAAAAAUACAGAGCUAGUGAAAACUGAUGAAACAAAGCCUGCUUUUCUCAAACCAUCAACACUGAAGCCUGUGUCCAACAGCAACCUGUCAGAGAAAGAACCAAAACCAAACUUUCAAAAGACACCCUCUUCAGCUAAACCUCCUUGGGUGACCGAGAGUUCGCAGAAUGAAGACAGCGGUACAAAGACUGUUCCAAAACCCAAGCCAAAAGUGGGCUCCUUCAAGAUCAACAAAGAAACAGAAGAAGGAAGUCCUGGAACAGAUUCUCAAGUAAAGCCUUAUGGCGGCAUCACUUUAAAACCGACAGUGAAGCCCAUCGGACAAACAAUUGUGAUAGAGAAAAAAGAACAGACUGAAACAAAUGAAAACAAAGCAUCAAAUCCCCGGGAUGCUUUUCUUGCAAAACUAAAUCAAGGAGCAAGUGGAGCCACAACAGGUGCAGCACUGAAGUCACCGGUGCAUAAGCCUAAUGUCGUUAAAAAAACAUUUGGUCCAAACUUGGACAAAGAAAAUGAAAAAAACAACAGUUCAGCUCCGAAACGCAAGACGUUGCCCCAUAAAUUAGCGAUUGGAAAUCCACCUACAAAACCCAAUAGACCCCCAUUUGUUAACUUGGAGCAACAUAAAACAAACACCUCAUUUAGCAGUUUAGGAUCUAAGCCAGGAAUACCUAAACCGGGUCCUGCACCUCCUGCUGGUGCCCCUCCAACUUCCCAACCAUCUCCAGCACCACCUCUUCCGAUACUACCUCCCCGACACCCAGCCGCUGUUUCUGAAGGAGAUGAAAAUUAUGAUGAUGUUGGGGUUGGUCUUCCCCCUCCACUUCCUGCUGGAAAACCUGGAGAAGUUCCUUCGGGAGAGGGUGAACCAAUAGAUGAAGAUAUGUAUGAAGAUUUAGAGGAACGCUGGUAUUUAUUUCUUUGUCUUCUGCAUUUAUGUGAAAUCCCUGAAUACCUCAAGAGAGUUCUGUACCCAAUGAUAUUUCAACUCAAAAGCAUGAGACAAGAUAAAAAGCGAGAGAAAGAACAGAAGAAGCGACUUGAGCAGGAGAAAAAAGAACAAAAGGACAGAGAAAAGAAAGAGAAUGAAAUUAGGAAACGGUUUAAGCUGGUGGGCCCUAUUGAAGUUAUUCAUGAAGCAAAGGGUAAAGUGGACUGCAAAGGAGGAAAGAAUGAACUGUCGCUGAAGCAGGGGGAGCGCGUGGAGAUCAUUCGUGUGACAGACAACCCAGAAGGAAAGUGGCUGGGGAGGACAGCAGAUGGCUCAUAUGGUUACAUCAAAACGGAAUUAGUGGAAGUUGAUUAUGGAGCUUUAAAAAGCCAGCAGAAGAAACCCGUGCUUCCUUCUUCUCGAAUUCAAGCUGAGAAUGAUCCAGACGUCUAUGAUGAUGUUGGAGCCCAAGAUGAUGUUGACAGCAGUCAAAGAGGCAGUGGAGUCAUCUUACCACCACUACCAAAUGAAGAUGAUAUUUAUCAUGACGUGGAUAAUCCAGAGUUAAGCGUAAGUUUAGGCUCACAGGAAGAUCCAAAAUCCAACUCCUGGUCCUGGGGACUGCUGAAGAUGCUAAAGAGCAAAGAUGAAAAAAAGAAAAGCUUACCUGACAUUAAUCUGGAAAAUGUAGAAGGCAGUUUAAUACCCCCACCACCUCAGUUUGCAAAAGAUAAAACUCCUGCAGAUGAUGAAAUUUACGAUGAUGUGGAGUCAACUGAUUUUCCUCCUCCACCUCCAGAAUCAAGCCUCCCAAAGAUUAAAAAUGCUGACAAAACACCAGAUAAGGACCCCAAGAAGCAAAAGAAGUUUGAAAAAGAAGAAAAAGAAUUCAGAAAAAGAUUCAAAUAUGAAGGAGAAAUUAAGGUUUUGCACCAGGUCACUGUUAUUCCCGGACUAAACAACAAAAAAUGGGCAAAUAAGGAGUUGGCCUUGAAACCUAGUGAGGUCUUGGAUGUUAUACAAAAAGCUGUGGACAACAAAUUUAUCUGCAGGAAUGAAGAAGGAAAAUUUGGAUUUGUUUCAACAAGCAACAUCAUUACAGAGGAUUCUGACAUUUAUGAUGAUAUUGGAGAUGAUUGUAUCUACGAUAAUGACUGAAUGACUAGUAUUGUUUCCAAGAAAUUUAUUUGUAUGAACAUUCAAGAUUAAAUAUUGGCAGCAACCUCUGCAUCAGCCGUUUACAGUAUAUGACUUUAAAAAAAGCUUUAAUUGUUCAGGCAACACAUGAUAAUUUAUAAAUAUUUUGUACACCUGAAAAAAAAAAUUUUACUUUGCAUUCAUUUUGCUGCUGUUGACUGGCUUUGGUAAUCUUGUGAAAAGUAUUGAUUGCUGUCAUUUCUGACGUAUUUGCAGGCAACUUGUUUUUCAAAAGGUUUUACAAGCAAGAUUGUUUUCUUUUUUGUGAUUGCAUCUGUGGUGCAAAUAAAGUGUCUCAGAAGAGUUAAAGAGAA